AUGGCGGACCUCCUUAAAGGAUCUAACGACCCAAAGGGCCCUCAAGCCUUCGAGCCGGAAAAGCUUAAUAACAUUGGCUUUGCCUCUGUGUCCAAUGGCAUCCCGACCAUCUACUUCUCCGGGGCCGAAACGCAAAAGCUAGCCGAAAGCAUGGGGCACGCCAUUGUGGGUAAGUUUUCUCAUUCUAUCCCAACCGGACUCCAAAUUCAAAAAUCCCUAGAAGGUGUUAAAUUUCGGCGUGGUUUUAGUUGGAAAUACUUUAACGCUAAACAUAUCCUUAUUCAAUGCGAGGAUUUGUCGGAUUAUGCACGACUUCUCGGAGGACCAAAGGGAACACCCGUAUGGCUCAUUGAUCGUCACCCAAUGAGGGUUUUUAAAUGGUCCCCGGAUUUCGACACAUAUUGUGAGUCCCCGAUUGUAGCAAUUUGGUGUAAUCUAAUCGGGCUCCCAAUCCACCUCUUUGAUCAAUCCGCCUUAUUCGCCAUCGGCAAGCUCCUUGGUACCCCCAUCCAAGUCGACCGAGCCACGGCCAACAAGUCUAGACUAUCCUUUGCUCGAAUUUGCAUUGAGAUAGACAUCACAAAACCGCCUCCCGAAGAAAUAAUCCUUGAUAUUUGUGGUCAAGAAACGGUGCGGCAAGUGCGGUGGGACAAGAUACCAUCUUAUUGCCAAGAAUGCAAGCAUGUUGGUCAUGCGAGUGAUGUUUGCUAUGCAACGGGGAAGAGGGAAAGGCCACCGAGGAGGAACUACCACACCGCCCCACCAAAUCAGCCACAACCCGCGGACCAAGGAGGGAAAGGAAAGUAA